ACGAAAUCGCCAUUUUUCAGCACAAAAUGGCGAAACAACACAGCAAGGAUCAGCUUCGCAAGUGAAAAAGUACGAAAAACGCAGUUAAUAAUGGAAAAAUCCGCCAAAAACAUAGUGUCCGACGAAACAUUUUGCAUCUGGAAAGGGUGUAUUUUGAAUAGUGUGAACCAUCUGCAACGAUCCGAUCGCUGGACGUUCCAAAAUCAUUGUCCCAGAGCUGGUGUCGUCGGUGGUGCUGGUGCUUACGAACAAAAGAAUCUGUGCUUAAGCACUCGUGCUUUCUCGACGUCUACGACGAACAACGAGCAUCCCGUUCUACGCAUAAUUACGCUAAUGUUGUUGAUGUUGCAUGCUACGAUGGUGACUAAUGACGCACGUUUGGACUUUCAUAUCGUAACCGUGCAUCAUAUGGAAUAGUAGAAGCAUUAUUCCUUAAAUUGGAUUGCAUCGCAAUCGUUUUUUGUGAAAAUUGUCUGUAUAUAGAAGUUCGUUUCUGUGCUACACAGUAGUAACAGUAGUACCUAGCAAUAGCUGUGUAAAUAUACAACCCGUGCGCAAUGCUCUCCGAACGCAAACAAUGUUACUAUCGUACGUCAUCUGACGAUAAGCGCAACAGCACUGUUCCAACCAUGGCGGAAGCGGAAUUUGGUGAAUGGUCAAAGCAACAGUCGCAACACACAGAUCACAUAGCGGAUGUUAGCGAAAAGCUGGCUGACCUUCAAAUGGGGGACCCUUUAGAACCGACCGCUACGUACAUCGCUCAGAAGCGACCAAGUAUCAUCGAAAAUGUAGUGAAUGUGUUCAGCAACUUGAUCACCAUGGCGAGCCGCUAUGGAACUAAACCAAACGUACAACCUUCAUCGCAUUGUUUAACGGAAAAACAGCAAUAUUUGGAGAAAUCGUUCAUCCCUUCAACGCCCUGCAUACCGAUAUUCGAGACGAACAGGAAUGGCAAGGGUCAGCUAACGGUUCCGUUGGAUUACAGCUGCACGGUCGAUGAUAUUGCCAUGACCCCGGCAGGCGUUUACGUAGAGGAACUGGCGCGCAGCGAACGUAGCGCCCUGCGUUCGCGGCGUGUUCGGAAGCGACGAAAAGAUCCAUCCAAAGCGAACCAACAUACGCACGUCGGUAGUGAGGCCAGCGGCAAAGGCUGUGGUAAAAAUCGCAAAGAAAAGAAACGACACGCACUGCGAAGAGACAUACUGAACGAUAAUCAGGCGUUAUCGAUCGACGAUUAUUACUACGGUUAUGAUUAUCGGGAAGGAAUACAGGCCCAUUCGAUGGAUGUACAGUCGCUGCCUCAACGAUGCCUUUCCGCAGGUUUCAGUCCCUCGUCGACUGGUAGUGUGGGCAGCUUCCAUGAUGCAUUGCAAGACAUUACUACCGUGGGAAGUUUACAUCUUCGAGCGGCUUCCGAUAACGUGCGAGCUGUCCCAGUUUCACCCUGCAACCCACAGCAAAACCACCCCGCCAAGCAACCUUUAACCGCCGUUCCGAACACGGCGAACAACAUGAUCACCGAUCAGGAGAAACCAAAAUGUGAUAUUGAUUCUAACCGUGGAGAAUUUGUAGUGUUCACGGAUUACGAUGUGUUCACGACACCUUCCGCUAGCCCUGCGCGACGGCCGCGUCCUCGUAACCUUUGUGCGGCUUUCAGCUAUGUUUGGCACGGAGAUGAUGAGGAGGAAGAUGAUCAGAGUGAUUACACUAGCGAUGGCGGCAUUACGGAGGACGACGAUGAAGACGGCAAUAGCACGGACGGAGGCGAUGUUUUUCAGGACGACGACGAUGAUGACGACAGUAUCGUGUUUUGCGAAGAUUACGACGACCUGAACGAUGAUUCUAACUCAUCGUCUGGAUUCGAGGAGAAGAAGGUUCGCUUCAACUUGAAACCGGUGGUGCACGUUAUGCGAGCGUGGGAUUUUGCCUACCGUCAGGCACGCAAGGGCGAUUGGGAGAUGGCAGCCAGGGACAGUGAGCGAUUUCGGAAGCGAAUAACCGACCUAGAACCGGUGCUAGGACCAGCACUACAGUCAGCGUUACGUGAUAAAAUUUAUGCCGAACGGUUUGGCGGGCAAGAAGAUACGCGCAAGAUCUUAAAUUAAAUGUGAAUUGUAGCGGCAAAUAUUAGGCAUUGGUUUGUAUAUUUUCGUAUAGAUUGUUUUUGUUUUGCUUUUAGCAUCUUGUCGUUACCCCAGGUGUCCCGCAUAGCAAGAUACUCCGCAAGUGCACAUACAAAGAAGCGUUUAAAGAAAAAGAAAGGGAUAUAAAAUAAGUGAGGUUUAUAUGCAUUAUAUUUAUACGUUAUACAGUUUUUGCUUUAAUUUAACAACACAUUUAGGCAUUGUUUAUCCCCUUUUCUGUAGAUAUUCUAAGAAAUCAAACCAUUCGCAUAUAUCCCGGGGGAAACAGAAAACUAUACAUUAGGCCACUGACUUUAGUUUGUUGAUAAUUUUAAAACACCGUUGAAAAAGUAUGGAAUAAAAGAAUGCAGAAGGUAAUGAAAAAUAUUCAGAAUUAUAUAGCAAAA